UGCACGGUGAACAACUCUAAUCUGGAUUUUUGAGAGGUAGACAGCUCUUGGCUUCCCGAUCACCAGGAUUCGAGCUAUGAUCAUCGAACCCUGCUUGCAUCGCGAGCGACGAUCAUAUGUCAGAAGGCACGCGAGACACCAGCAGUGUCUUUCUAUGUACGGAGCCCGCGGCCGCGGAGCUCACCCUGUGAUGAGCCUAUGCGUCGUCAUCAUGGUUCUGUGCCGCAAUGGACGCUGUGAUUCUGUAGCAUUCGACUCUGCACAAUGGUUUGAUGCAAAAACCCAGGAAACAGGGAACUGUUCGCUGUAGCCGUUGCCGUGCUUGAUAUCCUACAUCCUUGAAAGAUCAUGAAAGCCAAACUAGGCAAGGCUCGAA